GGCGCUGCGUGGGGCUGAUUGCUGCAGCGCCUUGUCAGUCUGAUGAAGAUUGGCAUUCAGGAAGGUGGUGAUGUGUCACUUGGAAUCACUGCAGUACCUCUGGUGAAGGAACUCCAACAGGGCUAUUGGGGGCAUUGACUUCCUCCCUCAUGAUGCAAAAGUUGAAACUAUGAUGGCAACGCAGCCCAUUCCUGUUGAUUCCUAUCAGGACGAACAGUUGAUGCCAGUCGUACCACAGAUGACUAGCAACACGGAGCCAGCAUCUGGCUGCACUAAAUCCGACCCUGAUGCCUCAAGCCCGGUGCCCACAGAGUCUCAGACAUCUAUGGAAGCUGAUAAAGGAGCCAUCUACAGACACCCUCUAUUCCCACUUCUGGCUCUUCUGUUUGAAAAGUGCGAGCAGUCGACCCAAGGUUCUGAAUGUAUCACCUCGGCAAGCUUUGAUGUCGACAUCGAAAACUUUGUUCGCAAACAGGAAAAGGAAGGAAAGCCAUUUUUCAGUGAAGACCCAGAGAUUGAUAAUCUGAUGGUGAAAGCAAUCCAGGUGCUGCGUAUUCAUCUAUUGGAACUAGAGAAAGUUAACGACCUGUGCAAAGAUUUCUGUAACCGUUACAUUGCUUGUCUAAAAACUAAAAUGAACAGUGAAAACCUGCUGAGCUCUGACCCUGGUGGACCUUAUGCCUCUGUUCAAACUCAGCAGCUUCCUGUCCAGAACACAAUGAUCACCACCCUACCUGGUACAAUCAGCCCCCAGGGAAUUGUGGUUCCAGCUUCAGCAUUGCAGCAGGGGAAUGUCACAGUCACAACCGUCAACCCCACACAAGUUGUAUCAGGUGGGACAGUUUAUCAGCCUGUAACCGUGGUGACGCCUCAAGGACAGGUAGUGACACAAACACAUGGUACAAUCCGCAUCCAGAAUGCACAGCUUCAACUGCAAUUAAAUCAAGAUGUGAAUGUCUUGCAUCAAGACAGUGAGAAUUCUCCAAAAAGUAAGCGGGGAGUGUUACCUAAGCAAGCUACAAAUGUCAUGAGAUCCUGGCUGUUCCAACACAUUGCGCAUCCUUAUCCUACAGAAGAUGAGAAGAGGCAAAUCGCUGGUCAGACCAACCUCACAUUGCUCCAGGUCAACAAUUGGUUCAUCAAUGCUCGAAGGCGGAUAUUACAGCCCAUGCUUGAUGCCAGCAAUCCGGACACUCCGCCCAAGGCCAAGAAGAUCAAGACACAGAGUCGGCCAGUGCAGCGCUUCUGGCCGGACUCCAUUGUAGCAGGAGUGGCGCAGCAGCAUGUGACCAGUAUUACAGUGUCGGACAGUGCCAUGGUCUCGAUAUCAAGUCCCGUGAACGUGAAUGUGGACAGUCUGCAGUCCUUGUCUUCUGAUGGAGCAACACUGGCUGUGCAGCAGGUCAUGAUGGCUGGGCAGAGCGGAGACGAUUCUGGAAACAGUGUGCAAGAAGAUGACAGCGAUCUCUCAACAACAAACAUAACUGUCUUGGCCUUAGACAACAGUGACUCCCUGCAAUAGGCACAAGCACUCAGACCAGGCAUUUUUAUUCUUUGCACUCACAGUGCAUUUUAUUUCUGAUCUCUUUUAUACAUCGGUAGGAGAGCACACUUUUCUAUUUCACCUUGUAUUGAAUGAACGGGGGUUUAAAUAUUCUCACAUUGAAGCAGCUGCUUGAAUGUGAGCAGUAGGCAACGUUUACUGAUCGAUGUACGGACUCAGACUGAAGGUUCAACUUUGUGUGCACUUUGUCUCUUUCAUUCAGAAAUAACUGGCCAUAAUUGACAGGUGCUUUUCAAAAACUCAGCUUAGCUGCCCGACAAACAAACAUAUUAUUGGAUCAAAUCCUGCCUUGGUUAAAUUGAUGACUUUUAUUGUCAAAAACAUUUUGCAGCCAGCCUCCCACAUACUUGGGCAGGGAUAGGUUUCAGGACAGAGUGUUGGCACACAACGCAGGUGAGCAUACAACGCAACAACUGCUCUGAGGCAGGUGAUAUGUGAAAGGUACUGGUGAGGGCAGGUGGGGAGGGGGACCACUCACCCUAAGCUGUAGGGUUUGGUGGGCAGUUUCCCCAGUGCCCUGGACCUGCUCCAACAGUCACUGGCUUUAAGUCUUCUGUUCUUACUCAUGGGAACCUCUUGAUCUAGCGAAGACAUGGCCUCAAUGAGUCUCUCCACCAUCUUCAGACCCAAGGUUGGUGGAGGGGAUGGAAGAAUGGGCUGAGUGCUGGUGAUAUUGGGAACUAGACACUGUUUACCUGAUCCACUCCUACACCAUCUAUUGCAUACUCUACAUCAUCGGCAGCAAGACCAGUGGGAAUGAACUGCCUCCAGUUGAUCAAUUCUGCUCACUUGGGUUUCAGUGCUUUUACUGAGAUUCUUUGUGCCAUUAAUACAAAUAAUGUAAGCUUUAUAUAUUUUAAGUAUCUUUAAAAUAAGUGCCGUAGCACUGCAGUGAACAUGAGUGCUAAUCAAUUCCUUGCUCCUUAGGUAAUUGUUCAAACACUCCUCCUGUCCGCCUCACUCUACAACUUCCUGGCACUGGCCCUUCCUGACAGCCAAGACAGAGGAGACUGAGCAAUGACUCUCACUCUAACCCAGGCAGAGUUGUCUAACCACACAUUGAGAUUGAGAUAGAGUGAAUAUCCCACACCACAACACUCACUCACCCAGAGUUACGAGGAGCAUAUUUUACUUCAUUAUUAUUUGCCUCAUUUAUUAAACUGAAGAGAAGCAUCAUACUAGAUUUAAAUUAUAUUCUUGUUACAAUGCUA